AUGGAGUCUCUCUUGCACUGGGCUAUCCAACACUCCGACACCACUACCCCUCCCACCACCUCAACACUCGAAGCACAAGCCCGUCUCCGUUCGCUCGACCCUGGUAUAAUAGAAACCAUCCUCGGCCAACCCGAUGCGGCCAAGAUGCGUCAAUCACUCGCUCUAGCGCAGGACCAGGGCCGGUCAAGAGCAGAGAGGGUCCAGGCUCUGGAUGACCUGGAGAUGCUGGUAGAGAGCUUGGAUAACGCGAACGAUCUUGCUCCUCUUGGUUUAUGGAAGCCGCUUUUGGGGCUGCUCCAGUCAGAGGAAGAAGAGAUCCGACGAGCAGCGCUCUGGGUCGCAGGGACGGCAGUGCAUAAUAAUCCUCAAUCUCAAAGUGACUUCUUGGCGCUGGACCCGCUCCCGGCGGUAUUGGGAUUCGUGAGAGAUGGGGAGGGGGAGACGAGGGCCAGGGCGGUUUACGCGCUAAGUGGUGCUGUGGGACAUAACCCGACCGCCGUGGGACGGAUGGAAGAGUUGGGAGGUUGGAGAGUUUUGAAGAACGCACUGGAGGAUCCGGCACCGAAAGUGAGAGUCAAAGUCGCUUUCUUGCUGAACACUCUUCUCCUCCUGGAUACCCCACAAACCCAGGAUCAAGCCCACGCGUACGCGCAUGAUACUUCCGUAGCCCCCUACCCCCGUGCACAAAAAGAGUUCACAACUCAAACAACAAAAGGCCGAACCCGCGCAGCGUUCAAAGCUGAGGGGAUCGUUGAUACACUGAUAGAGAUCCUUUCCCGGGAGGGAGAGGAGGAAGAGGACUUGAGGGAGAAGACAGGAAGAUGUUUGCUUACUUUCCUGGAGGGUGGGGAUGACGCAUGGACGGGGGAGCAGAAGGAGACUCUGAGGAAGGCUCUUGGUGUCCAUUCCGGAGGGAAACUGGGCUUGGACCAGGAGGAAUGGGAGCGGCUCACGGGGAGUGUACGUUGAACAGCCUCCUAUCUAUCGUUGAGCUUCAGUGUACUUUAACUCCAGGCUGCGAGGUGCCUGCGUCGGAUGU